CACGUCACACACAGGCCUCGCAGCAGGACUUUGAUUUUGAAAAUCGUGCGGCGGGCGGGGCGCCGUGGAAAUAAUCAAACAGUUCCUGCUACUUUUUGCGGUAGCGAUUUAGUAAGUUCGCGUUCCAAACGCAACGUUUUAAGCUGCUGAAAUGCUUGAAAAUGAAAACAGUGAGAGUCAUGAAGCAAAAGAGUAUGUCGGACUUGCAGAUUUUGUGGCUGAAGGAGAUGAGCAGCUUAGUUUCUCAGUUGGUGAUAAACUGAAGGUCCAUGACAUGAGUUCAGACGUGUGGUGGUGGGCUGAACUGCAGGGUCACUUUGGGUACGUCCCAUCCAGCUUUUUGCAUCAAACAGCUGAGGGAGAGGAAGAUGCAUGGCAAGAUGACGAAUACUUUGGCAACUAUGGGACAUUGAGGCUUCAUCUGGAGAUGCUAUCAGAUAAACCCCGCACAGAAACAUACAGGCAGGUGAUUCUGAGUAAUAGUGCCGCCCUGAGGGGGAAGGUGGUCAUGGACUUGGGUUGCGGGACAGGAGUUAUCAGCCUCUUCUGUGCCCGUCUAGCACAACCUGCAACGGUAUAUGCUGUGGAGGCCAGCUCAAUGGCAAAACACACUGAGGAACUAGUGAGGCAGAAUGGCUGUGAGGGAGUCGUGACAGUGUUUCAGGACAGAGCCGAGAAUCUCACUCUGCCUGGCAAAGUGGAUGUUCUAGUGUCAGAGUGGAUGGGCAACUGCCUUCUGUUCGAGUAUAUGGUGGAGUCAGUGUUGCUGGCACGUGAUCGCUGGCUGAAGGAGGGUGGAAUGAUGUGGCCGUCCUCUGCCUGUCUGACUGUCGUUCCUUGCCAGGCCUUCUCUGACUACAGGCAAAAAAUGGAGUUCUGGGAGAAACCGUAUGGCCUAGACUUCAGCUACCUACAGUCACUUGCACAGAAGGAGUUUCUCUCCAAGCCUACAUUUAGCCAUCAUCUCCUGCCUGAGGAUUGUUUGUCCACACCAGCCGAUGUUAUUACUCUUGAUAUGGUCACAAUACAGGUCUCAGACUUGGAGAGACUCAACGGAGGGUUUAGUUUCAAUGUUGAGAAGUCAGGCAUAUUUCAUGGCUUCACUGUCUGGUUCAGUGCACAUUUUCAGAGUUUAGAAGAGGAUGGACCAUCACUGGAGUUGAACACCGGACCAUUUUCAGAGAUCACUCACUGGAAACAGACUCUCUUUAUGUUAGAUGCACCAGUGACAGUUGAGGAAGGGGACAUUAUAGUAGGGUCCAUAUGUCUGCAGAGAAAUCCAGUCUGGAGACGUCACUUGUCAAUCACAUUUUCAUGGAACAUAAAUAGCACAGAAGAUAAAAAGGUCCAGACAAAGUGUUUUCCUAUGUGGAGAUGACCCAUGACCCAUUCAUUAACAUUUUCAGUAAAUAGAACCUUUUCUUUCCCUUUGCAGUAACACAAACAGCAGUGCACAAAACAUGACACUACCUUCACCUUAUAAAAUGGAUUUUCAGGUUUCUUUUCUCUCAAAACUGACAAAAAAAGCUGUUUUUAUCAAAUACUUGCUCUAAAAAUCUUUGAAUCCAACAAAUAUUAUUAACAAUUCUAGAAAACAUGGAUUUUUUGCAGGUCUCAGUAAUUUUAUAUUUGCCUGUGAUUUUUUUUAUAUAAUAAUGAGUAUGAUUAUGAAUAACAACAAUGGAGUAGGGCAGAGUCACAUUGUUCUGUAAUUGUUAUAUCAGUGGCAGUUCAGCAUUUUAUGGAGCAACAGUACACUAGUGUGUGCUCAUGAAUACUUGAUCUCACUGAGUGCAUGUGCCAGAUGAAUUGCAAAUUAAGGGCUCAUAAAUGUGGUGCUGCAGCUUUGAUUACAAUGUUUAUGAUUAGCUGUCUUAUGGUGCUUUUCUACUGCAUGGAGGUACACAGGGUUUUCUACUGUGUACAGUACCUGGUACUUUAUUCAGUACCACAUUGGCUGAAGUUCCAAGCGAGCCAUACCGUUACCAAAAUGUGAUGUGUAAACCCUGCU